CGAUCUGACCUGGCACAAAAAAAGCCCGGCCGGACAUGAGCAUGAAGUCGUGGCCAUAUUUUUUUUUUUGUAAAAAGCACGACAAGACAAAUCACGCUAAAAUUAGUAAAUUAGGCUUAAGCAAUGCAGGCCGGGUCUGGAUCAUGUUUUGAAAUUUUCAGUCCGGCCCGAUAAGACAUAGAGUGGGGUUGGCGUGGCUGGACGCGUCAGGCCCACGACCCGAAGCCCACUUAAGCCCGGCCCUAAAGCUAUAUUGAUUAGUGUCUAGAAAACUCCAAAAUACAGAUACGGUGCAAUUAGUUAAUUUGAGAAGCAACCUGAACCCUCUAUGUAGUUCUAGUAAAAGUGUUUGUGACAACGUGUCAUGAACUACUAAUGUCGAGAAACUUUGUGACACUUCUAUGCUUUCCCUUUAUAUUCUCUCUUUUACUUCGUAUUAUACUAUAGUGUCUAUUAUCUAAAUAAAACAAAGGAAAAAACCCAACUAAAACGACAUCGUUUCGCCCUCUCAACGUACAUACACAUAAGAAAAUGGCUAUGGCAAGGCUAGCUUUGAAGCAAAAAAACUCAGUUUUAGUACCUUGUAAUAAGUUUAUUGGGGAGGGAUUGGGUGGUGUGCAGGGACAUGGUUGGAAGUAUGGGUUAUCAAUGUCAUCAUCAUCAGCUGAAUCAGACGGUAAAGAAGUGGCUGUUCAAACUGAUGAAGAAGGCGGUCGCAACCGCAACAUGAGUAGCAGGUGGCGGUCCUUGUUGCCAUUUCGAAAGCCUUCUAGCCUUUGGAGGAGGAAGGAUCAUGCGCGUCACACUCAACCUUUUGAGAAUUUCCCAAAUCCCAGCCUAGGAAACGCUCUACUAGAGGCAGCAGAAAACAUGAACAAGCUAUUUGAAAACGUCAUACCAACCCAUAUGAUGAUGUCAGCACCCAGACAGCUUAUCGGCAAGUUCAAAGAGACAGAAGAAAACUACAAGAUAAGGUAUGAAAUGCCAGGUUUAACCAAGGACGACCUCAAAGUGACCGUCGAUGGUGGUGUGCUGAGGAUUCGAGGGGAGCGAAAGGUGGAGGAAGAAGAUGGGUCCGACGACGACAAGUAUUUUAUGAGUUAUGGUUAUUACGACACUAGCUUAGUUUUGCCUGAUGAUGCUAAGGAAGAUGAUAUCAAGGCUGAGUUGAAGGAUGGUGUGCUUACUAUUACCAUACCCAAAACUGAGUCUCAUGGCAAAGAUGUCAAGGAGAUUGAAGUUUACUAAUAUAUUGGAGACCUUUUAAUUAAGUUUUUUUUCACAUUUGAAUGUAUGAAUCUAGUUUGGUGUGAUGCAAUAAAGUUUAGUGACACUACAAGAAUUUGUAUCUUUAAUGACAGUCUAAUUACGACAGGUCAAAAAUUUCGUCAUAAAAGCCUUUUGUGACGGGACUAACAACAAACAAAGACGGGAACAACUGUCGCAAAUGUCUUUUGCGACGGGUUAACGAUGUGAUUUU